AUGAAUCACAAGAAACCCACUUUGGUGAUUGAUUGUAGAGAGCUUUUGAGGGUUGUAGCAAUGGUGAUGGAAGCUGUAGUAGGAGACGGUUUCAUAGCCAAAGGCAUAUCAUUCGAAAACUACGCCGGCCCAAGCAAACACCAAGCAGUGGCUCUACGUAGCGGAGCAGACCUCUCCGCCUUCUACCUCUGCAGCUUCGUCGGCUACCAAGACACCCUCUACGUCCACUCCCUCCGCCAAUUCUACCGCGAAUGCGACAUCUACGGAACCAUCGACUUCAUAUUUGGCAACGCAGCGGUAGUUUUCCAAAACUGCAACUUGUACGCUCGCAAACCAAUGGACAACCAAAGAAACAUCUUCACCGCUCAGGGAAGAGAGGACCCGAACCAAAACACCGGCAUUUCAAUCCUAAACUGUAAAGUUGCCGCUGGAUCGGACUUAAUUCCUGUCCAGUCCUCCUUCCGAACCUACCUUGGGAGGCCAUGGAAAGAGUAUUCGAGGACGGUGUAUCUUCUUUCGAAUAUCGGCGAUUUGGUAGACCCUGCUGGCUGGUUGGAAUGGAAUGGUACUUUUGCGUUGUCGACCCUUUAUUAUGGGGAGUAUAAGAACAGGGGUCCGGGUUCGAACACGAGUGCCAGAGUGACCUGGCCUGGUUACAGAGUCAUUACGAAUGUCACCGAAGCGACUCAGUUUACCGUUGGGAAUUUUAUUCAAGGGGGUGAGUGGUUACCUUCUAAUAAUAUUUCAUACUAUCUCGGUUUGACUGGUUGAGUAGAACCCAAAAUGUUGGUUGUGUUUGUAUUUUGAAUAAAUUAUGUUAGUAGUUUUUAUAUUUUGAUUCUAACCAUUUUAAUUUAGAGAGAUUUAUUAGAA